AUGAGUAGUGUUUAUCUUCCAUCAUGGACGGAACAGCAGAGCCUAUUCAAGUUAUCAUGUGACGAGGCGGAAACAUGCAAUCAGUUUUCUAGUAUGGACACCCCCAUUCCUUCUCUGCAAAGGGCAGACUCCGAACUGGGUACAAAGAAGAUGGCCAUUCCACGGCUUGCUGAAGGAGCAGAGUCGGCAUUUACGUCUCCCGGUAGAUUUCACCGUCGACAUGUCCGCCGAGCCUGCGAGUCAUGUCGACAGCGAAAGACUAAAUGCACUGGAGACAAAUCUGGGUGCCGCAAUUGCCGCGAGGCUGGCAUUAUCUGCUGCUAUACAGAUGGCAAACGAGAGAAAUCCAAACGACAACUCGCUAGCUUAUCAGCAAAGGUACACGCCUAUGAGGACGUUAUCAAAAGACUCAGUAGUCGAUUUGGUGUCUCCGAUGAACAGCUUGUCAACAUUGCCUUGACAGCGGGUGCUGCUCCUGACCUUGUCCUCAAGGGUGAUGGAGAUGGAGCUGGAGAGCAAAAUGUCGCCUGGGACUCAGAGCCUCCGCCAUCUCGACCUCCGUCUACUAUCCCUCUAGAUCUGGUCGAACAUACAGAGGAAGAUUUUAAUAGAGAUGAAACCGCCCGUGCAACCGGAUUCAUUGGAAAGAGCUCUGAAAUAAAUUGGCUUCAGAGGCUAAGCAAAGAGGUCAACAGCGAAUGCGAAGCUUGGUCAGCAAGCAUGUCGAAUUCAGGCGACGACAAUGGUUUACCAUCGCCCACAUUGACGCCUCGGCCUGAUAAUCCUGUUGAUGCUUUGAUGGCAUCCGCAAACUUCUACCUCGAUGACAUGGAUAUUCCCGGCAAAGACCAAGUCAAUGCCCAUGCUGUCCCGUCAAGGGAGACAGCAACAAAGCUUCUUAACGCUUAUCUUAGCUCAGUGCAUCCAUCAUUCCCAAUCAUUGGCGUUUCUACUUUCGUUUCCCAAUUUCAAGUAUUUUUCAGUCAACCAACAUUGAAGCCUGGGGACAAGUGGCUGGCUAUACUUAAUCUGAUUUUUGCGGCGGCGGCGAAAUAUGGACAGUUGUCAUAUGCAGACUGGAAAGAAGGAGAAGAUGACCAUGAACUUUUCUUUGCUCGAGCAAGAUCUUUGAGCUUGGAAGAUCAGCUCUUACACCAUCCCGAUUUGCAACAGCUACAAGUCGAAGGCCUUGCUUGCUUUUACAUGAUUUCUUCUGGGCAUAUCAACCGAGCCUGGAAAUUGUCUGGAAGUGCUGUUCGAGGGGCAUUGGCACUUGGUCUACAUCUACGAAAUGUGGGGUCCUGCACCUCUGAUACCUCUAAGGAGAUCCGGUAUCGCGUCUGGUGGUCCCUGUACAAUGUUGAUCAUCUCCUUUCCGUCAUGACUGGACGUCCGUCUUGUAUUAUUGAUAAUUGCUGCACCACUCCUCUUCCAGUGCCCUUCGAUGAAAGUGAUUUCCAGAGAGAAGGGAUCGCACAACUGAUCAGCACCGCGGGCCGGACAGCACUCAGCCCUCUAGACCGCAUGUCUCUCAGUAAUAGCGCGGCCAGCCUGGAGUCUGCUGCCGAUUCGGACACCAACGAUACGCCGAUGGAGACUGUCACAAAGAUGAGUCGAGCAGAGUAUCUGAAAAGUCUACCACCGUGUGUAUCGUUGCAUUUCUUACAGUUGACAUCUCUCAACACCAUAGCCAAGCGGAUGACGGUCAAAUUGUACAGCCCGGAGGCACUACAAUCACCAUGGGCCAGCACGCAAUUCACAAUCCAAAGUUUGAUGCUCGAGACUGAUUCCUGGUUCAUGAACCUCCCGUCAGCGUACGACUUCACCUCAACGCAGACAUCACAGUGCCCGCUGGGUCAGCGAAUGGGUCUCGCCUUUUUAUUCUACAGUACUAAGAUUGGCAUCACCCGUCCUUGCCUGUGUCGACUCGACCUAUCGCCAGCGGAGGGUGAUAAAACACACGAUUUCUGCAGCAAAACAGCGGCAGAGUGUGUCGAGUCUGCAUGCCACAUGCUAACUCUAUUCCCCGAUACACCUGACGCGGCACUGCUGCACCGCAUUUCUCCAUGGUGGUGCACACUUCACUACUUAAUGCAAGCAGCUACGGUGCUACUAUUGGAGCUUGCCUAUAGGGCACAACAUGUCCCCGAGAAAGCGAUCAUGGUAUCAAAGGCAGCCAAAAAAGCACUGGAUUGGUUGUCAACGCUCUCCAAAUCAAACAUGGCCUCGGAAAGAGCUUGGAAGCUCUGCAACGGCUUUCUACGCCGAUUGGUGCCCCAUGUUGGAAUUGACGUUGACGACUUCUCAGGCAGCGACAACGAAGAAUCAUCCGCCACCUCUCUCCUUGACGCAACAGAUCUCGCAGAUGCCGCCGCUCUCGAGCUUGAUCAAACGGUACAAGACAUCUCAUUCGACCCAUCUGUGUCUCUACCAGCCGCUCCUGCUUCAACCGCUGCGGAAAUCGCUGCGGAAAUGGACUCCCUUGCAUGCUCACCAAUGGACCAGGCUAGCACUCCAAUUGCCAUGCCCGUAUCAUGUAAUCUCGAGCCGGAUCUGCUCGAGUUCAUCAAGCCAGAAAAAUCUAUCUCUGGUAGAAGUCCCUAUGAUAAUUACUUCCCCUAUGAUCCUGCGACAGGCCAGAUGACGGGCUCUUUCUUCCCAACGGGAUCGAAUUUGGAUUUCGAUCUGGGAUAUUCCUGGCCUGAUCCUGUUUGUUAA